AUGGUGACAAUUGGUAAUGCUCAUGAUGAUAUAAUUCAUGAUGCCGUUUUAGAUUACUACGGUAAAAGAUUGGCCACAAGUUCAUCCGAUAAAACUAUAAAGAUAUUUGAAAUUGAAGGCACAGAAAACUAUAAAUUAUCAACAACUUUAACUGGUCAUGAAGGUCCAGUAUGGCAAGUAGCUUGGGCUCAUCCAAAAUUCGGUUCGAUCUUAGCUUCUUGUUCAUUUGAUGGUAAAGCUCUCAUUUGGAAAGAACAACCAGAAACUCAACAAUGGUCUAUAAUUGCUGAACAUAGUGUUCAUCAGGCAAGUGUAAAUUCAGUAUCAUGGGCUCCACAUGAAUUAGGGGCAAUUUUAUUAUGUACUUCUUCAGAUGGUAAAGUAUCAGUUGUUGAUUUCAAUGAUGAUGGUACUACUUCACAUGUUAUUUUUGAUGCACAUGUCAUAGGUGUGAAUUCAGCUUCUUGGGCCCCUAUAACUACCACUUCUACCAGCAGUAAAGAUGCUGCUUCAUUAAAGCAACAACGUAGAUUUGUUACUUGUGGUUCCGAUAACUUAGCUAAGAUUUGGAAAUACGAUCCAACUCAUAAUACUUAUGUUGAAGAAGCAAGAUUAGAAGGUCAUACUGAUUGGGUCCGUGAUGUAGCUUGGUCUCCAUCUAUUUUAGUUCGUUCAUAUAUUGCUACUGCUUCUCAAGAUGGUACUGUUUUAAUCUGGACUCAAGAUAAAAGUGGUCAAUGGAAAAAGCAACUUUUGACAGACGAAAAAUUCCCUGAUGUAUGUUGGAGAUGUUCAUGGUCAUUAUCAGGAAACAUAUUAGCUGUUUCCGGUGGUGAUAACAAAGUAAGUUUAUGGAAAGAAAAUUUACAAGGAAAAUGGGAAUCUGCUGGAGAAGUAGAUCAAUAA